UCCAGGCCCUUCGAAAGAUGGAUUCUGUUGACGUAUCUGGCGGCCCUGGCGAGCCGGGUGGAAAGUUGGGUUUUGCCAGAUCGCACUGGGCUUGUCUUUGUGACGUUCGGCCAGCCCCGCAUCCCCCCGAAGCCGGGCCCAGUGGCAUCAGAGCCAAGUGAUGGAUGAUCUGCAGUCCCAGAACCUUUCCAUGGACAUGACUGACUCCUCUCCUGCCUUGGCCAAUAACAGACUGGAGAACGGCAUGGCCCAGCUGAUCACCACCGAGGCCUGGAACAUCAACUCCACGGACCUGGUAAAGAAGGCCCUGGUGACCGUGCCGGCCCCAUCCAUCCUGAACCCCCCGGCCGAGUCACAGGGCGGCAUGGCUCUGAAGGUGGCGGCCACUGUGCUGCAGCCCCUGUGCCUCGGGGAGAGCCCGGUGGUGAUGCCCAUUCACAUGCAGGUGGAGGGAAGCCCUGCGCCCGAGCUCAACCCUAACGGCCAUGCCGCCUAUGUCAUGACCACGCAGGGCCCCGUGCAGCUGCCGGUGGUGCUGGAGCAGCACGUCUUCCAGCACCUCAACUCCCCUCUGGUCCUGCCGCAGGAGGCCCCGUGCUCCUCCAGCGCGAUCCACAACAACCUGUUCCAGGGAGCCGAGGACCCCGAGGCCCGGCCGCAGCUCCUGGACCUGCGGCUCCCCAGCCGGCCACAGGAGCCCACGCUGCCGUUUGAAGCUGUGCUCCAGAAUUUGUUCCCCUCGCAGGGCGCCCUCGGCCCUCCGCCCUGUCAGCCUCCUCCUGGAUACGCCCCUGUGCCCCCACAGCCCUUUAACUCUCCCCUGUCCCCCUUGGUCCCCCCGGCCACCCUCCUGGUGCCCUACCCUGUGAUCGUCCCCUUGCCCGUGCCGGUCCCCAUCCCCAUCCCCAUCCCUGUGCCUCAGAGUCCUGAAUCCAAGCUCAGCUCCGGUUUCCCCAAGCCGCCAUCUUCUUUUGGCCUACACCCCUUCAAAGGCACCCCGAGCCCUCUGGAGAAGGAGGAACUGAAGCCCUUCGAUAUCCUCCAGCCGAGGGAGUACUUCCAGCUCAGCCGCCACACGGUCAUCAAGAUGGGGGGUGAGAAUGAGGCCCUGGACCUCUCCAUGAAGUCCGUGCCCUGGCUUAAGGCUGGCGAAGCCAGUUCCCCCGUCUGCCAGGAAGAUGCGGUCCUGGACCUGUCGCUGGCAGCCCACCGAAAAUCUGAGCCUCCUGUUGAGACACUGUAUGACAGCAGCGGCUCAGUGGACAGCCCAGGUCAUGCCGGGGGCAUGGAGGUGCCCUUCGGCCCUGCCACCGCCCACGGGGCCUCGGCUGUGAUAGAUAGCCACGUGGGAGGCAGCAACCCCGCCCAGCUGCCUAGCCAGCCCAGCCAACCCGGCGGUGAGGUCAAAGCUGAAAAUCACAUGGAGAUCGUGAGUGCGUCCCAGGCGGCCAAGGUUAUCGUCUCGGUGGAAGAUGCUGUGCCUACCAUCUUCUGCGGCAAGAUCAAAGGCCUCUCGGGCGUGUCCACCAAAAACUUCUCCUUCAAAAGAGAAGACUCCGUGCUUCAGGGCUACGACAUCAAUAGCCAAGGAGAAGAGCCCAUGGGAAGCAUGGAGCCCCUUAGGAAACCCGUCAAAAACAGGAGCAUAAAGUUAAAGAAAGUGAACUCCCAGGAAAUACACAUGCUCCCGAUCAAAAAACAACGGCUGGCCACCUUUUUUCCAAGAAAGUAAAUAAUGGCUUUUUAAAAUUUUUAUGAUAAUAAUAUGGGGAAAGGUGCAUUGGUUUUAUAAAAAGGCAUUUAAAACAAAUUAUCUUUGUUAAUUAUUUUGGGGAGUAGUUGGGAAGCGGGAAGGCGAAUUGGCUCUAGAGGCCCUGUAAGCUAGUAUUGUUUUCUUUUUUAAUUUUUGACUUUUCACAAAUGAGUAAAUAAGAGCAACCUAUUUUUCAAGCAGAUUGCACAUUUUUUGCAGCUUUAAUGGAAUAUUGGGUGAAUCAGAGGGGUAAAAAAGCUAUUUUCAUUGCCACAAAGUGCUUUGAUGAUGUAAUACCUAAUAAAG